UCCCCUCUGAGUUGCCUUUAAAGAGCCACGCUGGAGCCAGGAGCUCUCCACAGGAUCCCUGGGCGAGAAACACUCCAAGGAGAGAAGACCUUUGGGAAAGCAGCCUCUCCAGCCUGACCAUGUCGACCUCCUUGCGGGUGAGCCCUUCGGUCCACGGCUAUCGCUUCGACACUGCUUUGCGCAAGAAAGCCGUGGCCAACAUCUUCGAGAACUUGGACCAAGAGUCCUUGGAGAAGCUCUUCAAACACUCCGGGGACCGGAAGGCUGAGGAGCGGGCCAAAAUCAUCCUGGCUCCAGACCAAGAACUGGAGGAGAAAGCCCGGUCACUCAUGGCUUUGAAGCAGAGGACCAGAGAGAAACUUUUCCAGUUCCUCAAGUUUGGGAAGCACUCCAUCAAAGUCCACUGAACCGUCUCCGGAAGAAGGUAGGACGGGAUGGAAAGAGCGCAAGUCCUGAGUCCAGGUGUCUCGCUUUUGGCACCACGGUGCCUCCAGAUACCACGAGGAAGAAGGAUGAUGGGAGAUGAUGAACUGUACAAGGAGCGAAGGGCUUUGGCCAGUGGGCCAAAUGGACAGCAGUCCCUGAGCCACGAAGGAAGGAGGACUAUCCACGGCACAACUAUGGCACAGCCACGGCACACACGACACAUUUUCCGGAGCCAACAAAAAUUCCACCAGACUGACAAUCUUUUUCUGCGACUUGUUUAUUGAAUGUCUAAAGCCUUCCGUAAGCCUCUUUGUUGUCUGUUGGGCUGAAAGGGGAUUAGAGAGCGAUCAGUGACUUUGUCUAUUUGCAUUUGUUUAAAAUGCACUAAGAGAAGCGCACGGUGUCUUUGGUGUUGUAAUGCACAACAACGCUCCAGGGAGAGGACAUCAUGAAACAGACUCUGAGUUUCCAUCUAGUUGCAUUGAAUGAACUGGGGAGGUCUCUUUGGGACAUUGAGUUCUCUUGAUAGCAAAAUACAGUUUCGAGUGUGUGUUUCGAGAGAGAAAAAACAAAACAAAAGAAUUGCAAGUGCCUUAAAUGCAAUUCUCGCUGUGAAUUUUACAGACAAUGUUUGCAACAAUGCUGUAUUUUUGGCCUUUGCAACUGCUCAUCUGUGCCACAAAUAAAUGAUAAGUUUGAUAGAAA